AUGCCUUCGAUUUUGCUUUUUGGUGUAACAGGCCUUGUUGGCUCACACCUUAUUUUGGCUCUGAAGACAGAAUACCCUCGUCUCCCAGUCACGGUCUUCUUGCGGAAUAACACUCUUGACAAGUACUUGUACGAAACAGCAGGCGUCAAACGCAUCGUGCAUGGCACUUUCGAUGAGAAGGACAAGAUUGCUGCGUUGGCGCGAGAACACGACAUCGUCAUCAACGUGGGUUCGUCAUGGGAUGUGCCCUUGAGUGAAGCGAUUGUGGCAGGCUUGAACCAGCAGCCGCAAGAGAAGAAGACCCUCAUUCACAUGAGUGGGACUGGUAAUUUUGUGGAUAAGAGAUGGACGGAUGGGGCGUUUCACACAGAAACGAAGAUCUGGGACGAUUGCAACCCAGAAGACAUGAAGCUUAUCAACCCUUCCAUGCUCAAUGGUGGGCCUGACACGAUGGUCUUAACUGCGGGCAAAACAAGCAAUAUCGGGACCUACAUUGUCUUCCCUUCUGGAAUAUAUGGCAAAGCUGCUGGCCCAAUUCCGGCUUUGGGAGUGAUCCAACUAAUCUACCGCGAGAAGGCUAGAGAGCUGGGAUUUGUGCCAUACGUAGGAGACGGAAGUGCCCUCUUCAAUUGCCUCCACGUCAAUGCCAUAGCCCCCUUCAUGCUGAAAGUCUUGGACUUGGCAUUGCACGAGGAGGAUCCUCAAGGAUCUGUCUAUGAGCGAUGUUUCCUGAUUGGGGGACCGGAAGUUUCCUGGAAGAAAGCAUCAGACGCCUUUGCGAAAACAAUGUACGCGGAAGGGAUCGUGCGAGAGCCUCAAGCCAGAAGUGUGGCUUUGGAGGAAGCAGGCGAGGGCGAAUUGCCGAUGCUGAUGGCGAGCAAUAUGAGGUUCGUGUCGCGACGCGCAGAGAAGUUGGGUUACAAGCAUAACGAAGUCGGGUUGGUGGAAUUCUUGGACGAGUCGAGGUAG